AUGGAACUCGACAGUCCCACGUCAGUCGGGCACGCCCAUCCAUCAUCUCUUCGCUGGCAUCGUGCGAACCACGCCAAUGCGCUUGCCAUAUCGGCCCACGACGGGGAGCUCACGUAUCGCGAGCUGGACAGGCUCUCAACGCAGCUAGCGUAUCGACUGGUCGAGCAUGGCGUCCAGAACACGAUUGUACCAGUACACAUUGAAAAAUCUAUGUGGGCUCCCGUCGCCCAGCUUGGGGUGAUGAAAGCAGGCGCAGCGUCGGUAGUUCUGGACAGGACCCAGCCCGCAGAGCGGCUUCGGUCGAUCGUCCAUCAACUUGAUCCACGACUCAUCCUGACAUCUGUAGCGAACGAGCCCGCCACCCGUGGCCUGUCCAGGCAGCCGGUCAUAGUGGUGGGCUGGGCAGCGCUUGCUCAGCUUUCCACCAGUGAGGACACGCCGGAACUACCACUCGUCGCAUCCUCGGCCAGACUUUACGUCGUAUUCACCUCGGGUAGUACGGGUCUUCCGAAGGGUGCGAUGAUCACCCACUCCAACUUUGCAAGCGCCAUUGAACAUCAGCAACACGCCCUAAAAUUCCGACCAGGCCAAAGGGUCUUCGAUUUUGCCUCCUAUGCGUUCGAUGUUGCCUGGUCCAACUUCCUCCACACCAUUACAGUCGGUGGUUGUUUGUGCAUUCCGUCAGAAGAAGAGCGGAAGCAAGACAUCCCCAGCGCACUUCGGAAGUACAAGGUCAACUACGCGCACUUUACACCUUCGGUGGCUUGGUUUUCAUCUGAGCAUCUGCCAGAAAGCGUCAAGGUCCUACACUUUAGCGGCGAGGAGCUGAAGAGUUCGCUUGUCCAGGAGUUGCGCGAGAGGGCCAUUAUCAUCAACACCUACGGGCCGGCUGAAUGCUCGGUUACCAGCACCAUGCAAGAGGUUGAGUCAUCCACAGAGGAGAACCCACCGAUCGGCCACGGUCUCGGUACCUGUACCUGGGUUGUCAGCCUGGACGGAGCUCGACUCAUGCCGGUCGGAGCAGUCGGGGAGCUGUGGAUCGAAGGUCCCUUAGUUGGACAUGGUUACCUCAACGACCAAAAGAAAACAGCUGCGGUAUUCAUCGAGAACCCGCCGUGGUUGCUUCACCGCGGCUAUACUUCAGUCGAGCCAGGCCGGAAGGGCCGUCUGUAUCGCACCGGUGACCUCGUACGCUACAAUCGCCACGAUGGCUCUCUGUCCUUUGUUGGACGUAAAGACACCCAAGUCAAGAUCCGCGGCCAGCGCGUCGAGCUGUCGGAGAUUGAGCACCACCUGCGCGGCAGCUUGUCUCUCGAGGACCAGAGGAGAACCCACGUCAUCGCAGAAGUCAUCCUGCCGCAGGGCAGCAUACACCCUGUCUUGGUUGCACUGGUCAGUCCCCGCGAUGGUAUACCCUCUUUCAACGUGGUGGAGCUCGUUCGCAAGGCCGCUAUUGCAUGGGAGCAAGCGCUCACGGAGGUAGUGCCAGCUUACAUGAUUCCUUCGGCAUAUAUUCCAAUCGAGCGCUUUAUCACGACUGCAACCGGGAAGACGGACCGGCGCAGUCUCCGCGAAGCAGCCUCGGCGGCGUUCUGGAAGUAUGCAGGGUUGAGCCAGGGGAAGGAACGCAUGCUGCCAGCAACCGAGUCGGAGCAGAUCUUGCUCCAGGUCUGGAGCGACGUGCUCAAUAUCUCAGACGACAAGAUAUCGACCGACACUGCGUUCACUCGCCUCGGCGGCGACUCUAUCACGGCUAUGCAGGUCGUCUCUCGUUGUAGGGCACAGAAUAUCAACAUCACAGUCGGCGAUGUACUGCGACUACGCACCAUCAAAGCCCUCGCCAGUCAAAGCAGGGCGGUGGUACGAACCAUUGCAGCCGUAUCUCAUGAAGAAGAUGCCGAGGGCUUGGCCUGGCCACUGUCACCAAUGCAACAGCUGUUCUUCGACGCACACCCAAACGGCCUCAAUCAUUACACACAGAGCUUCCUGUUGCGCGUAACCCGGCCCACGAUAAUGGAAGCACUGCGAACGGCACUGGCAGCGGUUGUGCAACGCCACAGCAUGUUACGCGUGCGCUUCCGGCGGCGCGAAGACAGCCUGGCUUGGGAGCAGAAAGUCGUCGCAUCCGACCAUAGCGCCUUUACGCUCGAUGAGCAUCCGUAUCAUUCUGGCGGCAACCUUCAACGGAUAGUGCAAGCCCGACAGACCUCGCUCGACAUCCAGAAAGGGCCUGUAUUCGCGGCGGACCUCUUCAACGGCCAGGACGAAGACCAGAGCCUGCUACUCAGCGCGCACCACAUCAUCAUCGACCUGGUAUCGUGGCGCGUCAUAUGGCAUGAUAUAAGCCGAUUCCUGGAGGAGGCCGAUUCGCCGCGUCUGCCCCCGGCGCCCCUGUCAUACCAAACGUGGUGUCGCCUGCAACGCAAUGAGGGCCACACGCUGGAGCCUGGAAAGGUUCUGCCGCACACCGUCGAAGCGGCGCAACUGGACUUUUGGGGUCUCGAGGCAGGGGAUAAUCGUUUUGCGGACAGCGAUAUCUACGAAUCCACUUUGGACGCCGAGUCCACAGCUCUCCUGCUCGGCCGCAGCAACGAGAGCAUGCGUACCGAAACUCUGGAUGUGCUGGUUGGCGCCCUGGUACACUCAUUCCGUGAGGCCUUCGCGGACCGCCCCGUUCCCGCCGUCUUCCUCGAAGGCCACGGCCGCGAGCCGCUGAUUAAUGCCGACGUGGAAUUGGCCGAGACUGUGGGCUGGUUUACCACUCUAUGUCCUAUGCAGGUGCCAUGCGCCGCCAACGAGUCUCUCGUCGAGGCCGUUUGCCACGCUAAAGACACCCGGGCCGCGGUACCCGGAAAGGGUCGGCCGUAUAUUGCCUGUCGCUAUCACAGCGCCGCCGGGCGUGAGGUAUUCGCUGGCCACCGCAAUGUAGAACUCCUUCUCAACUACCGCGGCGUGUUCCAGCAGCUGGAGAACGCCGACGCUCUCUUGCGACGGGAGGACAGGCGGCAGCGCGCUGUUGACAUUCGCGAAUUCGGCGCCGAUUACCAGCGCAUGGCUCUUAUUGAGAUCAACAUUGUGAUCGAGGAUGGCCGUGCGCGUGUCUCCACGACAACACAUCUUCGCAUGCGGCACCGCGAUCGCCUGGAGCAUUGGCUACUACGUCUCUUGCCUGCCGCGCUGCGCGCGGCGCCGCGUGAUCUCCUCGAGGCACCACCGCGCCUCACCCUAGCUGACUUUUCCCUGCUGUCCAUCACCUACGCGGGACUGGACUCGCUGCUAACAGAGCAGUUGAAAACGUACGGCGUCGGGGCGGGAAACGUACAGGACAUCUACCCGUGCACUCCCUUGCAGGAGGGCAUCCUGCUGAGUAGAAAGAAAGGCACUGCCUCAUACCACAACAGCUGGGUCUGGCGGUGUAGCUCUGCGCCAUCCUCGACAAACCAGCGCUCUACAAGCAUGUCGGCCGCGAGGUUAGUGGCUGCGUGGGAAGCCGUCGCCCGCCGGCACUCGGUCUUUGCGACCAUCUUUGCCACCCACCCGGACACAGGACGCGAUAUCCAAAUCGUUCUGCGCGACCCAGAGCCUAGCUGUACCCGUGUCAGCACCACUGCACCGCAGUCGGCGACGGAGUAUUUACUAGAGAUGGAUGUGGCAUUGGGGACGUCUGCUUGCGGACCCGAAUGCGCCAUCACUGUCUGCGACGUAGGCGAUGAUGAUGGCGAUGUCGCGUGCCGCCUCGACAUGAGCCACGCUUUGAUUGAUGCUUCCUCCAUCCCCGUAUUGCUGCGUGACCUGGCCGAGAUAUACGCCACUCAAAGCGCAGAGUCAGUGCCAGAACCGCCACUGUUCAGAGAGGUAGUAAGCCACAUCCAGCACAGUGAGUCCAUGUCGCGACAUCUGACUUAUUGGCAAGCCCACCUGGCCGGCGCGCGGAGAUGCGAGCUCCUCGGCGACCUGUCCAUCACUAACGCCCCCCGGACGGAUGGCAGGAGGUCAUAUGGCCUCGUGACUCUCCCCCAAGCCACAACCGCCAGGGUCGCGUCCUUUUGUCGGGAGCAGGACAUAACCCGUGCCGUUUUCCUGCAGCUCACCUGGGCCCUGGUGCUCUCGCAGUUCACGGGCAUGGAGGAGGUGUGUUUCGGGUACGUCUGCUCGGGACGCGACACGCCUAUCAACAACAUCGAGUCUAUCGUGGGCCCGCUCAUCAGUAUGCUCGUAGCACGGAUCAACCUCGGCAUAACACGCACUGAGGACGUGCUACAGGCAAUCAGCGAGCAGACGAUCGAGCACCUCGGCCACCAACACACCUCGCUUGCCGAAGUCCAGCACGCAAUCGGCGUCAGCGGUCCUCUGUUCAACACCGCUAUCACGGUGCGGGAGGUUUAUCAGUACGGUUGCGAGCACGGGCUGCGUCUGGAGGAGGUCAGAGAGGAAGAUCCUCACGAGUACGACCUUCUCCUGAGUGCGUUGCUGGAGGACGACAAGACGGACAUCAGUGUCCAGUACAGGGGUGAUUACAUGAGUACAGGCUUUGCUGAAAACAUUGCCGGCUGCUUGGGAUCGGCCAUGACAUACCUCAUCGGGACGCUUUCUCGCACCCUGGACCGCGCAGGGUCACCAGCACCAUACACCAACGGCCACAUCCCCUCGCUCUACCAUGCAUACUUCAGGAACACCCACGGUGGCGAGGAGGACUCCGAGUUAGUACACUGGAGGAGUCAAUUCGAGCAUUUCGACGGGACCAUGUUCCCUCCGCUGCCGCUGGGAUCUCACCAACCUCGAGCUGACGCCUCAGUCGAGUGUGUGAUCUGCAACAUAAGCUGGCCCCAGUCCUCUACAGCUGUGUCACUAGUCAAGGCCGCAUGGGCGAGCGUCCAAGCCGCCCAUGACAGUUCCAACGACGUGUGUUUCGGGCUUCUAUGCUGCGACUCGGAGCCAACGUCCCAGCAGCUCGCGACGUCGUUACCCACCCGAGUCACGCUCAAUCGCGAAGUAAAAGUCUCGGACCUGCUCGACCGCCUGGAUACAAAUAAAUCCGGUCAUCCCGGCCACCGGAGCCUGAACUUUCUGCGCGUUCGGUUGCUUAGUGAGGAGGCUGCGCGUGCUUGUCAAUUCCAGACCCUUGUUGCUAUCAUCCUUCCUGCAACGGAAGGCACCGAAGAAGGGGGUUUGCAGGUAGUAGGCAAGCAACAAAUCGAGGGGGUCGAGAAAUUGCUCCUGCCCACCCGUCCGCUCGCGCUCACGAUCCGAUGCUUCGUCGGCCUUUCCGAUAUACGGCUUCGUGCCGACUUUGAUUGCAAAGCUGUCGAGAACGACCUCGUCACAAGGAUGCUACAACAAUUCGAAUGCGCGCUGAGAUGGUUGAGCGCUCCAGCCCACUCGCAGCGCAUGGUUCGUGACGUCGAAACGGUCAGCGAGCAGGACCUGCGGAGAAUCUGGGGCUGGAAUUGCGCUGUACCCGAGCCCGCCACUACGUUAGUCCACGACCUAUUCACGAGGGCUGUUCGGGCGCAGCCAGAGGCCCCUGCCAUCUCUGCAUGGGAUGGCGAGUUAACGUACCGAAUGCUUGACGACCUCUCCACUCAACUGGCCCUCUAUCUUGUUCAACAUGAGGUGGGACAUAACACAAUCAUCCCCAUCUACAUUGAGAAGUCACUCUGGAUGCCCGUCGCCCAACUGGCUGUCAUGAAGGCUGGGGGCGCAUCGGUGCUUCUCGACUCGACACAGCCGGUGGAACGCGCUCGCGCGAUUGUGAAUCAAGUUCGGCCAAAGCUGGUCAUAUCAUCGCCGUCGAACAAAGAGUCAGCGUCCCUGCUUGAUACCGAUGAGCUGCUUCUCCUGGACUGGACGCUUCUAGACAGAAUUCAGAAUGACGUCCGUGGUCAGUCCGCACCCCGAACAUCGGUGCCAUCAGACCUGCUGUAUGUCGUCUUCACAUCGGGCAGCACCGGCUCGCCGAAAGGCGCCAUGAUCACGCACGCGAAUUUUGCUUCGGCUGUCCGCUACCAGCAGGGUGCAUUGGGGUAUUCACCAGGUCUCCGAGUGUACGACUUUGUGUCGUACGCCUUUGACGUAACAUGGUCAAAUAUGCUCCAUUCACUUACGUCAGGGGCCUGUCUUUGCAUCCCUUCAGACGAAGAGAGAAAGAAUGACAUGAUCGGCUCCCUACAAGCUAGCCAGGCCACGUUCAUAGACCUCACUCCAUCGAUCUUACGUCUGCUCAAGCCUCGGCAACUGCCGCAACUCCGCCAGAUCCUAUUGAGCGGGGAGUCCUUCACCAAGUCUACGCUCGGGGACUGGGCGAACCACCCGGGGCUCUUGAAUACGUAUGGGCCUGCGGAAUGCUCCGUCAAAGCGACUAUGGCUCCGUUCAACUUGUCGUCGUCGGACAAUGACAUCGGCUGCGGAGAAGGUCUGAUCACCUGGGUCGUGAGCCUUGACAAUCCGGACAGGCUCGCACCGUUGGGAGUGGUUGGCGAGCUUUGGCUGGAGGGGCCACUUGUCGGCAUGGGAUACCUGGGCGAUCAGGCAAAGACGACCGCAACGUUUGUGAACGAUCCGCGGUGGUUGUUGUGUGGGGGGCCGGACUGGCCAGGCCGACGCGGCCGCUUGUAUCGCACAGGCGAUCUUGUACGAUACGAGUGUCGCGGUGGCGACAGUGGGCGUCUGAUUUUCAUCGGCCGCAGGGACUCCCAGAUCAAGAUCCGCGGCCAGCGGGUCGAGUUGGGUGAGAUCGAGUCCCAUGUCCGAGACAGCCUGGCAGCGGAACACGGCCACCAGGUGCAGGUGCUCGUCGACAUGAUCCGUCCGCGUGACGGCACCAACGAUAUGCUUGUUGCGUUUGUAUGUGUCGCUCGGAAGGACGGAGCCGCUGGGUUGGAGAUGACAGUAGGGCUCGAUUACCGGUUGAAGGACUCCCUGCCCGCCUACAUGAUACCCACGGCUUGCAUCCCCGUCGACCACAUGCCCGUCGGCGCAACAGGCAAGACUGACCGUCGGCGGCUGCGAGCGAUGGGUGCAGCGCUCACGCUUGAUCAGCUCACUGAACUACAGCCAUCCGGGAGGAAAUGUCGCAAUGGGCGUGCACCCUCGCCCACCGAGGCGCUGCUGCUUGAGAUGUGGGCCACCGUGCUGGGGAUGGACGCCGCCCGUCUCUCGCCGGACGACAACUUCCUUCGCGUGGGGGGCGAAUCACUCAAUGCCAUGAGGCUGGUGGCCGCUGCACGUGAGCGUGGCCUGAGCCUCUCGGUAGCAGACAUCUUCAAGUGGCCAGUACUGGUCGAUCUCGCGCAUGAGCUCGACAAAAGGUCCCCCAUGGUGGCACCGCCACACCAGCAGAUCGUCGUGCAGCCUUUCUCCUUGUUGGACGAGCGUAUGAAGACUGAGGAGGUAAGGGCACAAGCGGCGUCAUUGUGUGGAGUUGACGAAGCCCACAUUGCGGACGUCUUCCCCUGCACGCCUCUCCAGGAGGGUUUGCUUGCUCUGACGAUGCGUCGCCCCGGCGACUAUGUCCUCCGACAGGCUCGUUUGCUGGGCAGGAAUGUCAAUCCAGAGAGGUUCCGCCGGGCCUGGGAGCAAGUUGUGGCGGCGACGCCCAUAUUACGUACUCGCAUUACUCACCUGCCGGGCAUGGGACUCGCCCAGGUUGUCAUCGAGCAGGACGGUGUGGCAUGGCGCUCCGAAAGCGAUGUAGCGAGCAUGAUGCGAGAACUCGAGCACGACACUGUCGCUUCGGGCACGCCGCUGGUUCACUUCGCAUUCGUAGAGAGCCACCAUAACGACGAACACCAGGCUUACUUCGUGUGGAGUAUCCACCACGCGCUCUUCGAUGGAUGGUCUUUGGCACUCGUCGAGGAGGCUCUGAGAAAGGCGUAUCAAGGCGACCCCAUACCGGAUUCCACCCCGAUGCAGACUUUUGUCCGAUACAUAAGGCAGCAGCCUGAUGAGGACGUAGAAUCGUUCUGGCGUGGACAGCUUCAGGGCAGCGAGGCCCAGCCUAUUUUCACUUCGCCCUCUCCCAGCUACCAGCCGCGGUCGGAUCAGAUGCUGCAGCUUGAGCUUGACGACUUGGAGUGGACAGGCGACUACACAGCUUCAACGGUGGUCAGAGCAGCUUGGGCCAUACUUCUAUCCGCUUAUACCAACUCAGCCGAAGCUGUCUUCGGCGUGACUGUGUCGGGUCGCCAGGCGCCGGUUCCGGGCAUCGAAUUGAUCGUUGGGCCCACGAUCGCGACAGUUCCGCUGCGGAUCGUGAUAGACCGGAACACAAGCAUUGAGGACCUUCUGCGACGAGUUCAGGCACAAGGCAUCGAUAUGACGCCGUUUGAGCAGGCGGGGCUGCCUCGCAUCCAGCAGUUGGACCCUGAUUGCGAACAGGCAUCCAAGUUCCAGACGCUGCUCGUUGUGCAGCCCGAGUCUCGGGCGGGGGACCACUCGCAGUAUUUGCUCUUCCAACGGCCCGAUGCUGGGGGCGACGAAUACGAUGACUUCGCCACAUUCAAUACGUACCCCUUGAUGCUUGAGUGCCAGCUCAGGGCGCGGGGCAUGCAUCUCCGUAUCAGUGUCGACUCCCACGUCGUUGACCAAAUAUCCGCCCAACGGAUGGGCCAGCAACUAGCCACAAUUCUUCGCCAGCUAUGCGCCGAGGGUCGCAGGGGUGAACCUGUCUCGAGUGUUCACACGGCCAGCGCCCAAGACCUGCAAGACAUCUGCCGUUGGAAUCCACCGCUGGAAAGCAUUGAGACCUGCGUCCAUGACCUGUUCGGACAGGUAGCACGAAGGCAGCCCAGCGUACCAGCCGUCUGCGCGUGGGACGGCGAAUUUUCAUACCAGGAACUCGACGACCUUUCGACCCAGCUGGCACGCUCUUUAUCAGCCGAAACAUCGGGAGGUGGUGUAGCCGGUACCAUAGUGCCACUCUUCUUCGAGAAGUCGAAGUGGAUGCCGGUAGCACAGCUGGGUGUGAUGAAGGCAGGUGCCGCCUCUGUUGCUUUAGAUGCAACCUUGCCUCUGGCACGCCUUGGAUCAAUUGUUCAGCAAACCGAGCAGCGUAUCAUCCUCUCGUCCGCUGGGAACAAACACGACGCUAUGCACCUGGCGCAGCCGGUCAUGGUAGUCGACGAAGGGCUCGCGGUUCUUCAUUCGACAGCCGAGGCGGACUUGCCGUCAGUGAAUCCGUCAUCUACGGCAUACGUCGUGUUCACGUCCGGCAGCACUGGUACGCCGAAAGGUGCAAUAAUCAGCCAUUCCAACUUUGCGAGCGCCGUGCGUUAUCAACAACACUCACUCGAGCUCAACAGUGCUUCUCGGGUGUACGACUUUGUGUCCUACGCUUUUGACGUCUCGUGGUCGAACGUACUGCAGACGCUCUGCGCUGGCGGGUGCCUCUGUAUCCCGUCCGAGCAUCAGCGGCGGCAGGAUCCGGCACAGGCAAUCGUACAGAUGCAUGUUAACUACGCACACCUGACGCCGACAGUCGCUCGCCUGCUGCAGGGGUCGUAUCUGCCCGAUCUCAAGACUGUCAGCUUUAUCGGCGAGCCACUCAGCGCCGCCGAUGCAGCCUACUGGGAAGGCAAGGCCCGCGUGAUUAACACAUAUGGUCCGGCAGAAUGCACGCCGGUAGCAACUGUGCAACCGGUAGAGCCGCAUAGUGACGGUGAACCACCAAUCGGGAGAGGAGUAGGGGCACAAACGUGGAUUGUGGACACGAGUGGAACGGAGCACAGGCUGGCCGCCAUCGGAGCCGUGGGGGAGCUGUGGCUCGGUGGUCCGCUGGUAGGACAGGGCUAUCUGAACAACGUCGACAAGACAGCGCAGGCCUUUAUCGAUGAUCCGCCUUGGCUUCUUCGUGGCAGCGCGUCUGGCUUCCCGGGCUGGCAAGGCAGAUUUUACCGCACGGGAGACCUCGGACGGUACAACAGCGAUGGUACUCUCUCCUUCAUGGGCCGCAAGGAUGCUCAGAUAAAGAUACGGGGACAGCGCUUGGAGCUUGGGGAGGUGGAACACCAUACCCGGCUUGCAUUUGCUUCCCUGCCCGGCAUUUCUCAGGUCGUCGCCGAGAUGGUUACGCCGAUAGGGACAAGCGACCCCAUGCUUGUGGCUUUCCUGUGUCUCACCGAGGACGAAAGCAGCCCCACGGUUCCGGCGGAAAUGCUACUAGACGCGACGGAGAUGGCCAACAUCCGACUUACACAGGCGUUGCCGUCUUACAUGAUACCAGCAGCCUAUGUCCCCGUUGGCAGUAUUCCAAUGACUGCAUCUGGGAAAACAGACCGCAUAGCACUGCGCAAGAAGGGCGCAUCCAUGAAGAGGCAGGAUAUGAAUAUUGGAAGGCAGCAUAUGCAGAGGCGCGCCCCAGAGACACCCGCGCAAGCCAAGAUUCAUGACCUGGUGGCGCGGUUACUUGAUGUCCAACCCGAAAGUCUCGGCAUCGACGAUAAUUUCAUCCGAGCUGGCGGCGAUUCCAUCAAAGCCAUGCAACUCGUGUCGAUGGCGCGGAGUGAAGCACUCUCGCUAACCGUUUCCCAAGUUCUUACCACGCCGAACCUCGAGGGACUCGCAGCCCAAUGUAUUUCCACUGCAGUAUCUCCCAGAUCUAUCCCACACCUUGUCAUGCCCUUUGCGGCCUUAGGCUUGGGUGAAGAGGGCAGCACCUUUGUCAAGCGCGAAAUCCUGCCGCGUGUGCAAUGCCAGGCUGCUAAGCCUUCCAAUGUGUGGCCGGUGACGACAACCCAGAAGGCCUACAUCGAAGAUGCGCUCCGCGUGCCCCGGAGGUCGUGGUAUCAGUUCUAUAUCGACUUCUUGCCGACAGUAGACGAGGAGCGGCUGGCGCAGAGCUGUACGCAGUUGCUCAACAGGCACGACAUCUUCCGAUCGGUCUUUGUCUCUGUGCAUGGUCGCUUUUACCAAGCAGUUUUCGAGGACCUUCCUUUUUCAGUGGAGCGACAUGAUGUUUCGACCGAAGACAUCCAAGAAAUCUUCAAGGUGGACCGCGAGCAGGAGAUCAGAACUGCCGCAGUACUUGGAACCCAUUUCCUACGAGUCAAGGUCCUCCGAAAAGCCGGUGUCGGUGUGCGCCUCGUGCUAAGCAUGUCUCAUACCAUGUACGACGGGAUCAGCCUCGGUCACAUCGCUCGUGACCUGAGCGCCCUCUACCGGGGCGAGGCACUUCCACCACCCCCCAGUUUCGCCGGCUACAUUGACCACGUCGCGGCCGGCGACACCAUGGCCCGAGAAUACUGGCGAGCCCUUUUGGAUGGCACCACAGCCCCGACGGCAGCGUUCGACCUGCCUCUCGAGACUGUGUGCGAUGGCCCCCCAGCUGUUUUGGAGCGGAUUGUCCGCGCUCCUCGGGUGACUACGGAAAUCACACCAGCUACAAUAUUCACCGCUGCCUGUGCAAUUGCUCUGGCAAGAGCUUCUGGCUUGUCUGAGCAUGAUUCCGACGUAGUCUUUGGUCGCGUGGUCUCUACGCGCUCGACGCUGUCUACCUCGCUCCAGGACGUCAUCGGCCCAUGUAUCAAUACGGUCCCUGUCCGAGUAGCCGCCGCCGCCGCCAACAGCAGCGAUAGUCGGGCAUACGUUCUUGCGGCCGUCCAACGCCAGUACAUCGAUGGGCUACCGCACGAAGCCGUGAGCGCUAACCUCCAGGGCUUUGACUUCGCCCUCUCCUCGGCUACCUCGGGCUGCACCACGCAGUUCCAGAACAUCGGAGACCGGCCCACAUUACGAGGGAUGCCCACCGCGGCCGGAAGCGUGUUAGAUGCCCACCCCGACUUGGAUCUGCCGGUGAAUCCAGCUUUCUUGUGGCUUUACGGCACACCAUUGCAAGACCGGCAGAGCUUCAGUUUGGAAGUUAUGUCAGGGUCGGCCUUCAGCAAGGGCAGGGCUUUGCACAUUAUGGAUGAGCUAUGCGCGGCAUUUUCUGGGGAAACGGCAUGA